UUGCCAAUCACCACUGCCGGGCAAAUCAUACUGCUCGUCAUCUCGACGCUGGGUGUGUGUCUGACCCUGAGCGUUGUGAGUCUUCGCUUCGUUGCCAGGUACAAACAUCGGCGCAGAUGGGAUUAUAGUGAUAUCUGUAUUGGAUUGGCCGAGGUCUUCUUGAUCUUGGUCGGUGUUGAUAUAUGGGUAGCGGUGACCAAAGGCGGCGCAGGGCUGCACGCGGUCGACAUCACCGCCAAAUAUGGCCAGGAGCCCAUAAAAAUCUUCGGCAUGACGCUCUGGGCCUACCAGCUAUUCCUCCAGCCGCUGUGGUGCCUCAGUAAACUCUCCGUGCUGGCGCUGUACGCAUCCCUGAUGCCAUUCCGCGAGAUGCUCCUCGCCGUCAAGACGCUGGCCGUCUUCACAGGCCUCUGGUGUCUGGGCGGGUUCUUCAGCGCCGUGUUCCUCUGCUCGCCUAUCGCCUUUGGUUGGGAUCGGUCCAUCGCAGGCGGUCACUGCGUGCAGAUGAACGCGUUCUACUUCUCCAACGCCCUCAUCAAUUUGGUCCUCGAUGUUAUCAUCUUGACGAUACCAAUGCCUUAUUUUUACAAGAUGCGUCUGCCUUUGCGGCGAAAGGUGCUCGUCAUGGGACUGUUUAGUCUGGGAUUCAUUACCGUCGGUGUGGCCAUAGCCAGACAGAUAAUCAUCCUCAAGAUGGAUCCCGAGGAUGGGACCUACACUGUCAUCUACGCAGCCUGUCUGGCGACAGUCGAGGCCAUCGCGACCAUCACCGUAGCCUGUCUGCCCUUCCUGAAGCCACUCUUCCGGCCCUCACCCUCGUCCACCCGCCCGACA